AUGGCUAUGAGGAUGCGCUUCUUAGGAUUUCGUCAAUUCUCCUCAAUCUCAAAACCUUCUCGUCGAAUCGAGUCCCCGAGGCAAUUUGCUAAAAGAAUGGCUUCUCUUCCCACUACCUACGAGGGCUCUGUCCCAAUUGCCGUCAUCGGUGGCACUGGAUUGCGUGAGCUCCCUGGAUUCACCCAGGUUGCUUCGUUGUCGAUUUCCACCCCCUGGGGCGAACCAUCCUCCCCCAUCACCAUCUUACACCACCAGUGCAAGCACAAUGACAAGGUUGUCGCUAUUGCCUUCCUGAGCCGCCACGGCCCGCACCACCAGAUUGCGCCCCACGAGGUUCCUGCCCGCGCCAACAUUGCCGCUUUGCGCUCCAUCGGUGUUCGUAGCAUCAUUGCUUUCUCCGCCGUCGGUAGUCUGCAGGAGGCUAUUAAGCCCCGCGACUUCGUUAUCCCCGACCAGAUCAUUGACCGUACCAAGGGUGUGCGGCCAUGGACCUACUUUGAGGGUGGUAUGGUUGCUCACGUUCCCUUCGGUGAUCCCUUCGACGAGGGCAUUGCCAAGGUCGUGCGUGAGUGUGGACACAGCUUGGAGGGUGAUGGUGUGGUUCUGCACGACCGCGGUACCAUUGUCUGCAUGGAGGGUCCCCAGUUUUCCACUCGUGCCGAGAGCAAGAUGUACCGCUCUUGGGGCGGCAGCGUCAUCAACAUGUCUGUCCUCCCGGAGGCUAAGCUCGCCCGUGAGGCUGAGAUUGCCUAUCAGAUGAUCUGCAUGUCUACUGACUACGACUGCUGGCACGAGUCUACCGCUGAUGUGACUGUUGAGAUGGUCAUGGGCCACAUGAAGGCUAACGCCGAAAACGCUCGCCGCUUUAUCUCCGCCGUUCUCGACGCUCUGGCUAGCGACGAGCACUCUGACUUGAUUCACGCUAAGCACUUGGCUGGCUCCGUUAAGUUUGGGAUCAGUACUUCUCAGUCAAACUGGGGUCCUGAGGCCAAGAAGAAGCUUAACUGGCUCUUCCCCGGCUACUUCGAAUAG